AUGUCAAACAACGGUACGCAUUUCAAUGGUACUUUUUAUGAAGAACAAGAGAAAAUAGAAAUAAAGGCAGUGAGUGUGUAUACUCCAUUGGUAUAUGUCUCUAUUCUAGUCAUAUCUUUGAUGAUUUUUGCCUCAAAGUAUAGAAAGAACCAAGUCAAGAAGCUCACAGAAUUACCAAGUAUAUUUGAUGAACAUGAAGCGCGUGAUUUGUACUACUCGAUUCAGGAACUUUCUGAAACGGAGCAAAUUCACCCUAAAGUCCUAAAAGCUGCAUUAUUAAACCGUGGUGCUGAAGCGGUGAGACGUACAAUAAAGUUAAGAGAAGUUGCUGUUCAAAUAGAGAUUUUAUACAAGAACGGGUCCGUUGAUGAUAAAUAUUGGCAACGGUAUCAAAAUGAGAUGAAGUUAGUAGAUUUAGAAUUGAAGAGCUGCAUUGAGGAAGCAGAAAGACUACAACCAGAAUGGCCACAAGCAUUUGUGAACCUCUGUAGAGAAAUUUGCUUUAACCAAGCUCUUCAAAGGCGUUAUGAUUCCAUUCUAGAUAGAAAGAACGUGUACAAAAAACAGUACCAAUUAAAAUUGGAUGAUAACGGGAAACUUAUCCAAUAG